GAAGACUUGUCAAGAUGUCUGGGUGAGGGGGACCAGAGCAGAGCAAGAGCCAGUCGUCAAAACACAGAAAAAACUACAGAAGCCUGAGCAGCUGAGUGGAUUAGACAGGAGAGGAGACCUGACCUGCCACUUCACAAGUGCCUGUGGGGUCAGCCGCUAAGAGAAGUUUUCAUCCGAGGUCUGAGGAAAAUGUUGCAGUCGGACAAUUCUGAAAACACAGAGAUGCGACCAAAUUGAAGCACCUCUUCACAACUGGAUUAAACUAAACUGAGAGCAAGAGGACAAGAGAUGACUUGAGAGGACAAAGACCAAGAGAACAAUCCGCGGAAUGUCAAGUGGCAAUGAAAUAAACAAACAAACCUGGCUGCAGAUUUUGGCUUUUUCCUCUUGAUCAAAAUCAUCAGAUUUCAAAGAGGACCUCCUAUAAACAAUUGAGCUUUUGGUCUUUUGGAUUUGUUUAAAAAAAACAAAAUACUCAGGCCCUCAUUGACGGAGGCAUCUACAAAUAAUUGUUCCUCAUGUACGGGCCUCAUCAGAUACUGCUGCGUCUCAGGGCAACUAUCUGAAAGCAUAUCUCUAUGAGAGGAUGAGAAGUACAUGAAAGUUCAGAGUCGAGCCACCAGAGAUAUCUGACCCAACAGCUGUUAGACUGCUGAACAGUGAGACGUCACAUCUCACCACUCUAAAACUGGAGUCACAUCACAUGAAAGGACUUUUAACACAAAUUAACACCAUAUCUUAAUUAUUUUUGGUAUCUCCAGAAGCCUUUUUAUGCUCGUUUACUAUCUUGUAAACUUCAAAACUCUCCAGAGGAUCCAUUAAAAACUUUAAAACUGCCACAGACUCAAUUAAAAAGCUGUCACAGUUCUGUAUCCUGAAGCCAUGGAUGACAAAAUUGACAGCAUUCAGGAUUUGUUCAACCAAAUCUGGAGGUUCACCACUGACAAACACAACCAGGGGGUUUACAACACAGUCUGUCUGGUGGUCCUCCUCACGCUUCCCCUGCUGGUCCUCCUCAUUACUUUUGUGGUGUGCUGCCACUGCUGCUGCUGUCGCCAUGCCAACGGCUGUUGCUGCUGCAGAGACGCCAUGGCAACCGCAAGGUCUGAGCAGAAGAAGAAAAAAAAUUCAGCCAAUACAGAGGACUUGUGGAUUUCUGUUAAGACGGGGCCGAUGACACCUGACAGGGUUGCACUGGACAUGGUGUAGGGAUACAUUUUUCCAUUUCUUUAAAAAUUGCUGAUUCUGGGCCAGCCGGUGCAGCAGAGCCAAGUGUCUCAAAAGUGCAAAACUCAUCGAAGACUUGCAAAUGAGGCUGGGGAUGCUGUUUAAACUGAUGGAAGGCACUUCACAUUGUAAUGGGCACAGAUUUGGUUGAAAUAUGUAAACAGUACAAAAUGUUUUCAGAUGAUGUUGUUUGUGGAGAUUUGAUUACAUUGUUUACAGCUUUUAGUUUAAGCUUUUUGGCAACAAUAUACAGACAGGCCUAUAUAUAUAUAGAUAUAUGUAAAUGUAAAAGUGUGUGUGUGAGAGAGAAAGAGGGAGAUUGCGUGUGUGUGUGUGUAGAGUGUUAUUGAGAGCACUUUGUUCUUUGAGCUCCCAUGUGAAAUUCAUUGCAUCUGUAUUUGAGAGAGAGCCAAUUUAAGGUCUGCCCAGCAUUCAAAUGGCUAUAAUACUGCUUACUCUUCACAGUGAGGCUGCGAUGUAGAGCGGUGAUUCACUCGCACUUUCAAAAUGAAAAUGCACUGAUGUCCAAACUGUUAAACUCACAGGGUGCACAAAGAAAAAUAUACUUCGAUUUGUGUCCUGUUUUUUGCUUUAUUUUCUUGAUAUGAUACAAUUUGAUCCAAGGAGAAAGCACUUCUCCAAUUUUGUUUUGUUUUGUUUCUGAGAAUGUUCCAGUAUUCAGGUCAAGUCUAUCUUAAAGAAACAAUUUUUAUCAAAAGAUUAAAAAAAGAAAAAAUGUCAAAAGAAGCAAAAAAUAUAAUUAGAAUCAUUUGGCUCCUUCCCAAAGUGUCUGACAGAUCUUUCAGGGCACUGAUCUAC